UCCUCGUUUGCAACAAACGCAAAAUUUCCAAUACUUAUUAAGUUCGUUUUAUACUCUAAUGUUGUGGCACAGGCGCACAGCCCGAACUUACUGUUGACUGUUGAGCACUGAACACUGAGCAGUAGGUAAGUUGUAAAACAAAUUAUAGCAAACGCGAUAUCAUAAUAUCAAUAACGGAUUAAUCUUUUAUCUAUACAGCCGUGGACGGGCCCCCCAGGGUUAUAUAUGGUUAUAUUUUUGAAUUUUUCUGCCGUGCUAUUUUUAAAAUACCUACAGUGAUAGUGUUAAUACUUAAUAGGUAGUCGGCAUGAGAAAAAAUUAACAAAACCGGUUUUUUGAAUUAUUGGCAUAACGAGUAACGACGAACGCCGCUGCAGAGUUCAGACUGCCUGCAAAUCGCAAUCGACAUUCGACAUUCGGCCGUCGACGAGUGACUACACCCCAAACUUUCCGGAAACUUUAAGUUGGUACGAAAAGUCCGGAUAAAACCCAGUCGGACAUCGUCGCGUUGAUAAAAUCCUGUCCACAUUCGCGGGAAACCGGAAAUACGUUGUUCCGGUGUCGACGGUCGCGAUUCUCCAGUUCGGAGAGAAUAUUGAGGGUUCGCGACGACGACGUCUCGGCAGGCAGAUGUUCACUUCCGGUGUGUAUCGUUUCGUGACGGUCGGCCCGCAGUGACGAGACUCGUCGGACCUGUGAACGCAAUGCCCAAAAGUAACUACUUACCUACUAUCAUGAUGGAUGUUUCCGUCGGUUCUCUCGGCGUUUUCCUCGCUUUGUUUUCGAUCGUUUGUUAUCUUGUCAGGAUCAGACUGGCCGGCGGCCGCGGUCUGCUCUCGUCCACACGUCCACGGUUGCUGACCACCGACGGUCUGCCCUCGUCCACACGUCCACGGUUGCUGGUCACCGACGGUCUGCCCUCGACGCCCACACCGCUGUUGGAGGCUGUCGCCGUUCCGCGAGUUCGCCAGAGUUCCGGGUCCGCCAGAAUCGCCGACAAGUUCCGCGUGUCGGUAAAUCCGUUCACGCCGACCGGCAUCGCGAUACUGAAAAACCGAAAGAAACGCGUAACCGGAUCGAACGAAGACGACGACGACGACCAGCACCUACGUAUCACCGGUCCCGAGGACCGUGACGACUGCUUGAGCCUCGGACAGUGCACGCCGCCCGACAACAAAUCGCCCGGUACCGUCCAUCCGUCCGUCGUCAGACGUCUGGUGGACAGCGGCAAGAUGACCAACGUCAGUAUACGCGAACUGCAGACGUCCCGCUUCAACGAAGAGUUCAGGAUAGACGAGUACAUCGCCACAGGUAGUUUCGGAGUCAUAUACAAGUGCACAAAUCUGUUCGACGGGAUACCGUAUGCGAUUAAAAAAAUCAAACAGACGGUGCACAGGAGCCCAGAGUAUCUAGUCCGGAAGGAGGUGUACGCGAACUCGGUGUUUGGGCGACAUCCGAACUUGGUCUCGUACUUCACGGCCUGGUACGAGAGGGGUCACAUUUACAUUCAAACCGAGUUCUGCCACGGAGGCACCCUGGAACGCAUGAUCCACGAGUCUGAUCAUGCGUUUUGCGACAACGCUCUGAGGCGAUUGUUGUGGCAUGUGUGCAAUGGCCUGGCUCACAUCCACUCCAAGAAACUCGCCCAUUUGGACAUAAAAUCAGCCAACAUAUUGGUAUGCAAAACUAAUGGGUCAUUAGUGUUUGCCAAUGAUCUAGACGACGAAGAAGAUGAAAUAGUUGACAAACAUAUUGUUUACAAGAUAGGUGACUUUGGGCAUACAAUAUGUGUCGAAGAUGUCCGAAAUAUUGAAGACGGAGACUCUCGCUACUUACCUAAGGAACUAUUACGUGACGAUUAUUCUCAAUUGCAGAAAGUCGAUGUGUUUUCUACUGCUCUUACAGUAUACGAGGCAGCAACUCGAAAACAUUUACCUAAAAAUGGACCAGAAUGGCAUCGUUUGAGGAAUGGUGAAUUUUCGUUACCUCAAACUCCAUUUUUCAGCACAAGUCUAGAAAAAUUGCUAAAAAAAAUGGUAGACUUGGAUCCUACAAAUAGACCUAGUGCUUCUAAAGUGGUUAAUAUUUUGCUCGACAGAGGAAUGGCAGCAACAAUUAAUGAUCUAGAUGAAAUGGAAGCGUUGAAAUUAAGUGCUCAAUUCCUUUCACCUUGGUUACUCGAUUUAAAACCGUCAAGAACAGCACUAUCAAGUAGAAGUAACUAUAUUUAUACGGACUGUCAGUUUUAAGAAAUUCAAGACUAUUAAACAGGAAAUGAAAACAUUUAUUAAUUAUAUUUAACCUAUAAUUAUGUUGAACUAUUAGAUUUAAAAAAAAAUUUAAUUUAGAACUAUAAUUUUUAUUUAUCCAUUAAAUUUAAACUGUUAAUUAAAAAUAUUUUUAAAAGCAAUGUUUAGUUAAAUUUAAUUUAAAAAAUAUUGAAUGGUUAUUAUCAUUUGUUGUUAUUUUUAUUUUUAUAGCUACAUUAUUUUAUAAUUAUUGAAAAGACAGGACGAUGCAUUUUCCACAAAUGUUACCUAUUUAAAAUUCAAAUUUUCAAUGAAUUACUUAGGAUUCAAAAUGUUA